GUUAGAGAAGCUAGCAUAUUGCACUGAUCCACACACACAUUACACAUCUCCCUCUCUUUUUCUCUCCUAAAAGUUAAAAGCCACAUACAUACAUAGAUACAUAGAUAAGGUCCGUGCCCUUGAAGCUAAGAAACUGUGCAAACUAAGCCUCCUCUUUGCUUGUUUGUCCCCUCUUUCCUGCGAGCUUCUUUGUCUUCUUUCCUUUGUCCUCAAACGCUCCUUUCCCUUAUUGCUUCUCACUAAAGGUAAUUAAUUAGAAGCAAAAGAAUAAUCAGAAUGAUGGCAGGUAGUGGACAACUAACAGUUCCACCAGGGUUUCGGUUCCAUCCAACUGAUGAGGAGCUUCUCUACUAUUACCUAAAGAAGAAAGUUUCUUAUGAAGCCAUUGACCUUGAUGUCAUUAGAGAAGUUGAUCUCAACAAACUUGAACCUUGGGACCUCAAAGAUAAAUGCAGAAUAGGAUCAGGGCCUCAAAACGAGUGGUAUUUCUUCAGUCACAAAGACAAGAAGUACCCAACAGGAACAAGGACCAAUAGGGCAACCACUGCUGGUUUUUGGAAAGCCACUGGGAGGGACAAGGCCAUAUACCAUACUAACAAUUCCAAGAGGAUUGGAAUGAGGAAAACCCUAGUUUUCUACAUCGGCCGUGCGCCCCACGGCCAGAAGACUGACUGGAUCAUGCAUGAGUACCGCCUCGAUGAAGACGACGCCGAAGUUCAGGAGGAUGGGUGGGUGGUGUGCAGGGUUUUCAAGAAGAAAAACCAAAGCAGAGGGUUUCAACAAGAAAUUGAAGAAGAGGAACAUCAUCACUUAGCAGCAGAACAUCAACACAUGAGAGGAGUAGCAAGCCAACAAGUUCUGGACCCAAAACACCACCACCACUUGCAACAUCAUCAAGGACUCUAUGAUAAUGAUAAUGAUAAUAAUUACACCAAUAAUUUUGAUGGAUCCAUGCACCUUCCACAGUUGUUCAGUCCAGAAUCUUCCGUGGCUACCGCGGCGGCGCACACUUCCAUGAAUGCCAUGGACAUUCUUGAAUGCUCCCAGAACCUUCUAAGGCUCACAACAACAAGUGGAUGUGGACUCAAUCUCAUGCAACAACAACAUGGAGAGAGGUUCAAUGGUGAUUGGUCUUUCUUGGAUAAGCUUCUUGCUUCACACCAUGGCAGCACCAUGGAUCAUCAUCACCAUCAUCAUCAUCAUAGCAAAUGCAACAAUAAUCUUCAUCAUCAGCAUCCUGCAAUUGCUAUUGGAACUACUUCAUCUCAGAAAUUCCCAUUUCACCACCUUGGUUGUGACAACCAUGAUAUCAUGAAGUUUUCCAAGUAGGGUUGUUAUGAAAAAUAAUAAUAUAAUAAUAAUCAUUAUUAUGAUCAUAAGCGAUGAUGAGGUGAGAAUCAGAAACUUCCUUUCUAGUAUAUGUAUUUCAGAGCAUCCUCCUGUUUGUUAGGUACUCAUUGGAAAAAUUCUCCCACUCAUUAAUAUUUAUUAGCAUUUCUUUA